ACAGAUGCUUGGCCAGCCACUGACUUACCUGCAUCGACAAUAGGAUCUGAAUCUAGUUUGGCCCUGAGGCUGGUGAAUGGAAGUGACAGGUGUCAGGGCCGAGUGGAGGUCCUGUACCGAGGCUCCUGGGGCACCGUGUGUGAUGACAACUGGGACACCAAUGAUGCCAAUGUGGUGUGCAGGCAGCUGGAAUGUGGAUGGGCCCUGUCGGCCCCAGGAAAUGCCCGGUUUGGUCAGGGCUAUGGACCCAUUGUCCUGGAUGACGUGCGCUGCUCAGGGUAUGAGUCCUACCUGUGGAGCUGCCCCCACAAUGGUUGGCUCUCCCACAACUGUCAGCACAGUGAAGACGCUGGUGUCAUCUGCUCAGCUUCCCAGUCCCGGUCAACGCCCAGGCCAGACGCUUGGCCAACCACUGACUUACCUGCAUCGAUAACAGUUUGCCAGAAGCCAGAGAGGACCAUGUGGCACACUUGUUCUGUAACAAGAAAUGAAACUUUUAAAAGUAACCUUUCUACUUUCCACAAUGAUGAGUUCUUGUGUUCCCCUGUAGGAUCUGAAUCUGGUUUGGCCCUGAGGCUAGUGAAUGGAGGUAACAGGUGCCAAGGCCGAGUGGAACUCCUAUACCGAGGCUCCUGGGGCACCGUGUGUGAUGACGGCUGGGACAUCAGUGAUGCCAAUGUGGUUUGCAGGCAGCUGGAGUGUGGCUGGGCCACGUCAGCUCCAGGAAAUGCCCGGUUUGGUCCGGGCUAUGGGCCCAUUGUCCUGGAUGACGUGCGCUGCUCAGGGCAUGAGUCCUACCUAUGGAGCUGCCCUCACAAUGGCUGGCUCUCCCACAACUGUGGCCAUAGUGAAGACGCUGGCGUCAUCUGCUCAGCUUCCCAAUCCCAGUCAACUCCCAGGCCAGAUGCUUGGCCAGCCACUGACUUACCUGCAUCGACAAUAGGAUCUGAAUCUAGUUUGGCCCUGAGGCUGGUGAAUGGAAGUGACAGGUGUCAGGGCCGAGUGGAGGUCCUGUACCGAGGCUCCUGGGGCACCGUGUGUGAUGACAACUGGGACACCAAUGAUGCCAAUGUGGUGUGCAGGCAGCUGGAAUGUGGAUGGGCCCUGUCGGCCCCAGGAAAUGCCCGGUUUGGUCAGGGCUAUGGACCCAUUGUCCUGGAUGACGUGCGCUGCUCAGGGUAUGAGUCCUACCUGUGGAGCUGCCCCCACAAUGGUUGGCUCUCCCACAACUGUCAGCACAGUGAAGACGCUGGUGUCAUCUGCUCAGGUGGGCCUCCAAGACCUUGGGCUCCCUCUGUUGGGCUGGAAUUCGCUCAGGAAGAAAGUCCUAAUUACAUUCUGAUC